UAGUAUCUCUCGGGUCAUACCGAUGAAAAUGGCCGAAGCAGGUUGUGGGCAAGGGUUUUAGGUUGAAGGGCGAGAUUGGAAGUGGAACAUUUACAGUUGGCGGAGAAGAAACAGUAAAGUGAAAAUGGGGAGGAGAAUAUUGAAUGACGCAUUGAGGACAAUCGUGAAUGCAGAAAAGAGAGGCUUUGCUUCUGCUGAGCUCAAACCCGUCUCCAAUGUUAUUUCUAAUUUCCUCCAAAUCAUGAAAUAUCGAGGUUAUAUUAAGGACUUUCAAGUACAUGAUCCUCAUAGAGUUGGUAAGAUAACUGUUCAACUGCUUGGAAGGGUCAAUGAUUGUCGAGCUCUCACCUAUAGACAGGAUAUCAAGGCUGCAAGCAUUGAGCAAUAUAAAACACGCGCCCUACCAACUCGUCAGUGGGGAUAUGUUGUAAUUACAACACCAAAUGGAGUUUUGGAUCACGAAGAAGCUCAGCGGCAAAAUGUGGGUGGACAAGUUAUUGGCUACUUCUAUUGAACACGUUAAAACAUGGCUCAAAGUUGCCAAGAGUAUUGUUUUACUGUCAUCUGUUUUGUACAUUGUGGCUUGUUGCUAGCAAGGAGGAUUCAUACAAUCAAGCAGCUUUCCUUUCCCGACGCCCUAGAUGAAAGUGAAUUUUCCUUUAAUAGGGAAUAAAACAUUAGAAUUCCUGUUAAAUUUCUUUCUUUGAAUCGUACUAAGCAGCAGAUGCUCUAUUUAGCUGUACUUAUGAGCUUUCGAUGACAUUUGGGUUGAGACUUUCGAGUCAAAAGGUUUCUUGGUGAU